AUGAGGAAGGGGAAAGCCAUGUCUGCUGCCUCCAGCUCCUUUAAGAAAAAGUUUUGCAUACUUAUCUCUGCAACCUUUCCAUCUUUCCUAGAUUACUCCUUGGCUGUACAGAAAUUCUCCCAGACUCUCCAGUCCUUUCAGUUUGACUUUAUUGGGGACACCCUGACAGAUGAUGAGAUUAACAUUGCCGAAUCCUUUAAGGAGUUUUCAGAGCUGCUUCAAGAGGUGGAACUUGAAAGAUCAAUGAUGGUUCAAAAUGCUAGUGAUUUACUGAUCAAACCGCUGGAAAACUUCCGCAAGGAGCAAAUUGGAUUCACCAAAGAACGGAAAAAGAAAUUUGAGAAGGAUGGGGAGCGGUUUUACUCCAUGUUGGAUCGCCAUUUGAAUUUAUCUUCAAAGAAAAAAGAAUCCCAUUUGCAAGAGGCUGACAUGCAGGUGGAUAAAGAGCGGCACGUUUUCUUUGAAUCUUCCCUGGAAUACGUCUAUCAGAUCCAAGAAGUGCAGGAGAGCAAGAAGUUUAGUAUUGUGGAGCCUGUCUUGGCUUUCCUCCAUAGCCUCUUCACCUACAACAACCUGACUGUGGAAUUGACGCAGGAUUUCCUGCCAUAUAAGCAACAACUUCAGCUCAGUCUGCAGAAUACCAGAAAUCACUUCAGCAGCACACGGGAAGAGUUGGAAGACCUCAAGAAGAGGAUGAAGGAAGCUCCUCUCACUUGCAAGCUCCCUGGGAAACCGACCAUAGAAGGCUACCUGUAUUCGCAAGAAAAAUGGGCCCUGGGCAUCUCAUGGGUCAAAUACUACUGCCAGUAUGAGAAAGAGGCAAAGGUGUUCAGGAUGACACACAUGGAGCAGAAGCCAGGGUCAAAGCAAGGCACCUUACACCUGAUGCUGAAGUCCUGUGUGAGGAGGAAGACAGACUCCAUAGACAAAAGAUUUUGUUUUGACAUUGAGACGCUGGAAAGACCUGGGCCCAUCACCUUGCAAGCCCCUUCAGAAGCAAAUCGACGGCUCUGGAUGGAGGCCAUGGAUGGGAAAGAGCCAAUCUACCACAGUCCCAUCACAAAGCAGGAAGAAAUGGAGCUGAACGAGGUUGGCUUCAGAUUUGUCAGGAGAUGCAUCAACGCCGUAGAGACAAAAGGUAUUACAGUCGAAGGCGUCUAUCGAACCGUUGGGAGCAACAUCCAGGUGCAGAAGCUCCUGAAUGCCUUCUUUGACCCAAAGUGCCCAGGGGAUGUGGACUUCCAAAAUAGUGACUGGGACAUCAAGACAAUUACAAGCUCAUUGAAGUUCUACCUCAGGAAUCUCUCUGAACCUGUCAUGACGUAUAAGCUUCACAAAGAAUUGAUCUUAGCUGCCAAGUCUGACAACCUGGAUUAUAGGCUGGGGGCGAUCCAUUCCCUUGUCUAUAAACUCCCUGACAAAAACCGAGAGAUGCUAGAAAUGAUCAUCAGGCACCUGGUCCACGUGUGCGAACACAGCCGGGAGAACCUGAUGUCUCCAUCUAACAUGGGGGUCAUAUUUGGCCCCACACUCAUGCGAGCCCAGGAGGACACCGUCGCUGCGAUGAUGAACAUCAAGUUUCAGAACAUUGUGGUGGAGAUCCUCAUUGAGCAUUUCCACAAGAUAUAUUCCAGCCCACCUGAGGACAAUGCUGCACCCCCAGUGCCUCCUCCCCGGGUAGCCACUCGACGGCACAAACCCAUCACCAUCUCCAAGCGCCCUCUGCGGGAGAGGCCUGUCUUCUUUGGAGGCUCCGUGGAAGACAGUGAAGCAGAGGAUGGCUGCUUCCACGCCCCCAACGGCACAAUGCUUCCUGGCUGCACAGAGGCCCCCAGGCCACUCCAGCGCAGCAGACUGCCGUUGCAGAGGCCAGGGGAGACUGAUACCAGGAGGCCCAGCGCAGAAAGCAGGUCGGAGCAGUGUGCAGAUGUGGAUGUGGGGAGACUGGUCUCCAGGCUCCAGGACAGCGGGCAGAAGCUCCCCAGCAAAGCGGCGAAUGGCGUCAUGCCUGUGACAGAGUCCCUGAAGGCCUCCACACUGCAUGCUAAGAGGCCUGCUCCCAGACUAGGGCCAGGCUGCAAGGAAGGUGAAUACGAAGGCUUUGCUAAAGCACGAUCACCCGGAGAGAAGCCGGUGAUAACACGUCCUCCAGUGAGACCCCCGGACCCUCCAUGCAAAGCCCCAGCGGCUCAUAAGGCAGAGGCUGCCUCUGUGGUGGCCUCCAGGACAAAGUUUUUUGAGACAGCUUCCUUCAGGAGAGGGAGCUCUUCAUCACCACAAGGCAGACUCCCCAGUGAUGAGACCUGAAGGAUUAAUGACUUUUAUGUCUGAUCCUGGCUGGUUCCAGAGAGAUUUGCCACAGCCCCUCCUCCAGUUCUCCCUCUCCUGGUUCGUGAGUCAGCUCUUAUUCCAAGAUCUCAUUGUUGAAGCAUACUGUUCUGAAUAGUUUCCUAAGAGAACAAAUCCAUCUUGCCAUCGGUUUCCGAAAGUAGCUCUUUCUUUCCUGCUUCCUCCAUGUUUCUACUGUUGCCUGUAUCCAAGAACACUUGUUUGUUUCCCUUUGGGAUGUUUGGGAGAAGUUGGAAUGCCAUGGCUGGCCAAGGAAGAGAGUUGGUGGGGGGGGGGUGCACGCAAACAGUUUUAUCCACCCUGUUCCACAUCCCUUUAAUGUGGCAUGGUGGACCCACACCAAGAUUUAUGUGCAGGGCUUUGGGGGAGCACCAGCUUUUAGCGCACUGGCUGUCUUAAGACAAAUCACUCUGUGCAUUGUGGGGGACGGGGUGUGGGGAGAUGGACACUCCUUUCUAAAUCCUUUUGAAGAAUGCGAAGACAUUUCCAAGUGGGGGUUCUCCCCCACAGCAAAGCACUGAAGAAUGAACCUUUUGAUUUUCUGCAGUGGAUCAGAGAGCAAUUUUGGCGGAUAUGCUGCCUCUGCAUCCUCUGCUUGGCCUCUCCAGGUGGAAAGCAGCCCUCUGGCAUUGUGCACUGGAAGGAGACAGGACCAUCCUGUAUGGUUUUCAUUCCAUCCUGGAGCAGACAAAAGAGCCUAUGUUUUUUUUUGGGGGGGGACCCCUUCACCUCCUGCCUGAGGCACUUAUACACAUGGUGACUUCAUCAUCAACGUGCCUCUCUAACUCUGGUCAACUGGGGAGGAGGUAGAGGUACUUUCAACAUUUCAGCAGAGAUGUUCAUUUUCCUAGUUCUUGGAAUGCACGAUGGUUCUCCAUCCCAUGUCUUGUGUUUCUCAGGAGUGUGGUCAAAAGCACUCCUUCGGAUUCUGUGGCUUUGAAGAACUGGCUUCCCAUCACAACACACACAGGUUUCUGAGGACCAAAGCACAAAGCAUCAAGGCAGACCAAGCAACACCUUUUUUGUUUGUUUGUUUAAAUAAUAAUCCAAACUCAGUUUAUAUUGAAUGUUAGAAUCUUUACCGAUUUACAUGUCUCCUGUAAAAAAUAUAUAAAAACCACUCUUUGGCUUCGCUUUCUUCCUGAAAACAAAAUAAAAACACCCUGGGCAUUCAAAUAUUGCCAACAAUUCUGCCUUUUUCCCCAAACACAGACUUUUGUAGGGCUGGAAGGAUCUUCAAAAUGUGGUUGAAGGUCACAACAGCAAGAAAGCUGUCCGGAGGGUGGCAACAUAAGAACGGGCCUUCUCUGCAGUGGCUCCCCAUUUGUGGAAUGCUCUCCCCAGGGAAGUUUGCCUGGCGCCUUCA